CUUUUUGCAAAGUGUGAAAGGUGUCAACAGGAAUCAAUGGGGGAGAUAUCCUCCUCAUCAGGUAUUAUUAUUUGCUUUUUUUGGAUCAAAUAUAUAUUGUUGAAUGCUUUGUGGUCCUUAACGAAGUGUGUGCGCCUUCCUUUGGACAUUUGAAUACAGUAACAUCUUUGUCUAUUAAGUGAACUAUCUUCUAUUCAACACCUCUGCAAGAUGGAUCCUUUUUUAACUGCCACAUCCUUGUUCUUCAGUCAUUUCUAUGAGACAAUUUUUUCUCUAUGAUUCUUAUAGCAGUAGACGUUUUAUUGAAAAAAGCCAAUCCCGUCUUGGGGAAAGUUGACCGUUUGUACAUUAAGUAAUUAAAUAGCAAUCCAAAAAAAAGAACUGAGGUCCAACUAUGCUUGCUGGAAUGUUAGGAGUGUUUUGAUGCAAACCAUCCACCGCUGUUUGUUAUCUGUUGUACAGAAAUGCAAUCCAUUGCUACAACUGAGAUGGCAAACUCUGUCAUUACCCUGCUGCGAGGAGCUGGUUUACUGGACAACUUAACUGAGAUAGCAGAGAAGAGGAGGAUUGAAGAUGAACAUGUUCUUACAGAGAAGCUGGAGAUGGUUAAAGGUAUGUUGAUAUGUCUGACCUACUUGCGGCCCUGUACAUAAUUGAAGGGUUUCCUGCCAUCAGGCAUGUUGUAAGCUUUUAAUAUUAAUCAAUAUGUUGUUUUUGAUGAAAGGAGCUAAUUUUGUGCACUGUGACUUAAAGUAUAGCUUUAUAUUUUAUUUUACUGUUUUUUGCCUUGUUUUUCAAGAAAAAGAAAAAACACAAUGUAAAAAGACUCUGUUUUACAUCAUGAUACCAUUUGAAAAGCUAUUGUGGGUUGUUGAAAUUAAGCAAUAAAGCAUAGUAAGGCAUAUUACGUAUGUUAAAACAAUGGUUAUGGAUGCUAUUUUACAUGAAAUUUGCCUUUAUUGUUAUCCUCCACGAUUGACAAAGACACUACAACGUAAGCAGGAUAGUUCUUGUUUCUUAUAGGGGGUGUUGACCAAUGUAUCAGUCGAGUGUUGGUCAAGAUAUCGAUUGAUUUGUCAUUAGAGUGUCAGGCUAGUGUUGGUCCUGUACCGGCAAUUGUCAGUUGAGUAUCAGUCGAAGAUUAACUGAUCAUCAGUCAUUCAUCAGUUAACAGUUGGUCGCGAUAGUUCCGGUACUGUGUCGGCAAUGCAUCAGAACCUGUCGGUUGAGUAUAGGUAAUGUAUCAGUGGCGCAUCGUGAGUGCUGAGACAAAAAUUAUAUCUUCAUGUAAGCAAUGCACAGCAAAAAAGCAAUUACAGUUUUGUGGCGUGAAAUUGAACCAAAUUUGGCAAGGAAAAGCCGACUAUCCACCUUUCUGGCUCAGGCCAACCUCAUCCCCAGGGUCUUCUUGUUUUCCAAUAUGGCAGCAGCAGGAGAGAAGACCCUGACAUAUAGCAACCUAAGACGAUUGCCGAUUGGUGCGUUUCAUAUGUGGACAUUGAUUGGGUUACAUCUCCAAAAACAAAGGUGGUGA